ACUUCUAAGAUACAAUAAACCGGUGUACGAACCGAGUAAAUCUCCUGGAGCAUUUAGGAUGAAGUGGCAAACGGGGUCCAGAAUUCUGAAGCGCCUGCUUACUAAUCCCGAGUCAUUGGACCUUUCUCGGAAAUCGAAAACGGCGACCAUACCGAAGAUGCUGACAGUCGAACAAGUCACAGAUAGCAUCCAAGGAAUUCCAUUCGUAUACAAGGGUCUCUUUGGGAUUCUCAUUGGAACAUUGGAUAAAAUCCCGACUUAUGGAGGUAUCCUAUCUUUUUCGAGUAUUUUAUCGACUAUCCGGUUGGCUAUUCAAGGCGCAGAUCCAUGGGUGCAAGCCUACAUGCACUCCCCCAUGAUCCGCGUUCCCUCAAUAUUAGGAUGGAGGGUUGUUGUCCAGCAUCAGUUCUUUAACGAGGUUAUCAGAGCACCAGAAGACGUGCUUUCAUUUGAGGACUUCAUUGCGGAUCAUCGUAUUGGACCUGAAUCUUCUUCACCUGCUCUAUUAGAAUGGAAAGAAGUCGUGGCGUUUGAUUGG